GUUUAUGUACGUGGACAACGCUGCCAUGCAGGUCAUCACAAAGCCCGCCGCCUUCGACGUCAUCGCCACCGAAAACAUGUUCGGAGAUAUCCUCUCGGACGCCCUGGCCAUGCUGCCAGGCUCCCUGGGGCUGAUGCCUUCGGCGUCCCUCGGCGACACGAUCCACAUGUACGAGCCGAGUGGAGGCAGCGCCCCCGACAUCGCGGGCAAGAACGUCGCCAACCCGGUGGCGCAGAUCCUGAGCGCGGCUAUGAUGUUGAGAUAUUCGUUCAAGCUCGAG